AUGGAAAAAAUGAACUUAGCCUCUACUAGCACUUCCUGCGAUGAGGAGCCAACUCUGAGUCAAGUUCGUUGCCCCUAUCCUUAUGCGCCUGUGACUCCUCAGGCUACCCAUGAUGACAAUUCAAAGCUCUCUUCUCCUUUCAACUCGCCUCCAAGCUCUCCCCCAUCAAUUGGAAUAUCAGAGCCUGGGGGUAUCAUCUCAGAGGAUGAUGACUUCCCUGUGACACCUAAUUCUAAGCGGUCCGGUGGUAAACACCGUGCCGCUGAUACCUUUCCUCACCAAGAAUCACAUCACACCUCCGACUCGGAGUCAAAGAGACACACCAAACACUUUCAUCCUUAUCACCACCGGCGGCCGAUGUUAGGAGACAAACAUCAUGAUCGUGCUGAGCAAAUCUUGCGCAGAAAUUCAUGUAACCAGUACUCAGAAGGUAUGAGCACCGAGGACCAGGAGGCGUUAUUGAGACAUAUAGAGAGCAUGAGCACGCACUCCUUCCACUGCGCUAUUCACUACAAGGAAGCGGUUCGUGAGACCUUGCGCUUGGAAUUCUUGUACAGAGGGUGGUUGCUUGAGACGUCAAGAAGGCUGAACGUCUUCAACGAGUCAUUACACCAUGAAUCGGAAACGGAGCUUGGGAGAGCGGAUCAAGAAUUGCGGUGGCUAUUACAUGUGCUUAUUCACCGCGGGGAAACACCACGUGCAGCCGCUAUCCAUCAAGAUCAUGAUGGAGUCCCAUAUCUUACUGCAGCUCGAGAGGGCAGCAGGAAAGCUCUCGAUCAUGCUGAUGCUGAGAUUGCUAUUUUAAAACAAUCAUUUCCCAACGGAGAGAAGGAUGAUUGUGACAACAAAUCGGAAGCCGUCCGAGCUGAUGCUGUGUUGUAG